UUUACCCAGGAUGCGGCGGGUGAGCGCGGGGCCGCGCGUCAGUUAUUUACAGCCCGGGCCAAGAUGGCGGAUCAUGAGGAGCAGGUAUCGGAGGAGGAGAAGGUACGCAUAGCAGCAAACUUCAUUAUUCAUGCUCCACCAGGAGAAUUCAAUGAAGUUUUCAAUGAUGUGCGGUUGCUGCUCAAUGAGGACAAUCUUCUCAGGGAGGGUACGGCACAUGCCUUUGCACAGUAUAAUGUGGACCAGUUUACUCCAGCAAAAAUUGAUGGGUAUGAUGAUCAGGUCUUAAUAACAGAACAUGGUGACCUUGGGAAUGGUAGAUUUUUGGAUCCCAGGAAUAAGAUCUCGUUCAAAUUUGACCAUUUACGAAAAGAAGCAAGUGAUCCCAAACCCCAUGAUGUUGACAAUGCAUUAGAAUCUUGGAGAAGUGCUGUGGAUAAUGCUAUGAGAGCAUAUGUAAAAGAACAUUAUGCAAAUGGUGUCUGCACUGUAUAUGGGAAAACCAUUGACGGACAUCAAACCAUCAUAGUAUGCAUUGAGAGCCAUCAGUUUCAACCCAAAAAUUUCUGGAAUGGACGCUGGAGAUCAGAGUGGAAGUUUACUAUCACCUCUUCAUCAACUCAGGUGGAAGGCAUUUUGAAGAUUCAGGUUCAUUAUUACGAAGAUGGCAAUGUUCAACUGGUCAGCCAUAAAGAUGUACAGGAAACUUUGUCUGUCACUAAUGAAGCCCAAAUGGCAAAAGAAUUUACAAAACUUGUAGAAGCAGUAGAAAAUGAAUACCAGACCGCUAUCAAUGAAAACUAUCAGACCAUGUCAGACACUACGUUUAAAGCCUUGCGUCGGCAGCUGCCAGUCACUCGCACCAAGAUUGAUUGGAACAAAAUCCUGAGCUAUAAGAUUGGCAAAGAAAUGCAAAAUCUUUAAGAAGAAGUUUUGCAUGACUGGAUAAUUUUCGUGUCUGUUUUAAAAAGGUCUGGUCUCACAAGUGUGAAAUUGUUGAACUACAUUUAUAAAUAAUUUGGGAAAUUGCGUCAUAACCUUUUUUAAUACACUUUAAGUUGAAUACCAUUAGCGCUCAUGAUAGAUUCACUGUGCACAAAGCACAUGGCUUUCAAUGCAGCAUUUCCCUUUCUAACAAUGUUAAAAUAGUUUGCCUCCUUGAUUUACUCAUUAAUGUGAUUAUUUUCAUUUUAUUGUCUUGUCACUUUCUGAAGCAGCCAGUUGCAGCCAUCAUGUUUAGUUGCCAUACUUGUGUUUACAGUACCAUGGUGAGACCAUGCCUUUUUAGGUUUUUUUUGGUUCCUGCUUAGUACAAUUAAGUUGCUGAGGAUCCAAGCAAAUUUUAAAUUUAUCAGGAUGGGCCUGUUUGUUCCCAGUAUCUUUAAUUAGAUGAACGGUUGACAGUUACUAAUCAUUUAUAUCUGAAAUAUAUCCCUUCAUAAGUAGCAGUCACUUCCACAUUAAUUUUUGAACUUGCCUUUCUUCUCUAUAAAGAAGUAUUCUGUUCAGGGGUAAAUGGUAUGGGACAGCAGAUACUGAGUUAAUGAGUAAAUAAUUCAAUGUGGUUAGUAAUGUUUAUGCUUUACUGACAUGGCACUGUCUCAGAUGUAGUUAUUUCCUGCAAAAAUAUACAUAAAAUACAGUUACUGCUUUGUGCCCACAUAAACUCCUCCUUCAAUGAGCUGUGUAUUAAAAGUUACCCAUGAGUUAUUUUUUAUGAAGCAGACACAACUGUACCAGAACAAGACACAUUGUAAUAUAAACCUGUAUUCAUUAA